AUGACUCAAGGGCCAGAGAUAGCAAAUCAGACACCUGUGACUGAAUUCUUCUUUUCUGAAUUCCCUAAUUUGGAGGAAGGAGGCCUCCUCUUCUUUAUUCCUCUACUCCUCAUUUAUGUAUUCAUCAUUACUGGAAACUUGGUAAUCUUUAUUGUCAUCCAGUUGGAUAAGGCACUUCAUACCCCUAUGUACUUUUUCAUUAGUGUCCUCUCCUUUCUGGAGAUCUGGUACACCACAACUACCAUCCCUAAGAUGCUUACCAAUCUGGUUAGUGUACAGAAGACUAUCUCCAUUGCUGGAUGCCUACUGCAAAUGUAUUUCUUUCACUCCCUUGGGAUCUCAGAAGGCUGCCUCUUGACUGCAAUGGCCAUAGACAGAUAUGUUGCCAUCUGCAAGCCCCUCCACUACCCAACUAUUGUGACACCCAGACUGUGUUCCCAACUCACCGCUGGCUCUUGCCUCUGUGGAUUUCUCCUCGUUCUCCCUGAGAUUGUGUGGAUCUCCACCUUGCCCUUCUGUGGCCCCAACCAGAUCCACCAGAUCUUUUGUGACUUUACUCCAGUGCUAAACUUGGCCUGUACAGACACCACUCUCAUAGUCAUUGUAGAUGCCAUCCAUGCCGUAGAGAUCUUGGCCUCCUUCCUGGUCAUUGCCUUGUCCUAUAUCCGGAUCAUCUUAGUGAUAUUGAGGAUCCCUUCAGUAGAAGGACGCCAUAAAGCUUUCUCAACCUGUGCUGCCCACAUUGCUGUCUUCUUGCUGUUCUUUGGCAGUGUAGCCCUCAUGUAUCUACGCUUCUCAGCUACUUAUUCCAUGUUCUGGGAUACAGCCAUUGCAAUCACCUUUGUGGUCCUCGCCCCCUUCCUCAAUCCCAUCAUCUAUAGUUUGAGGAACAAAGAUAUGAAAGAGGCCAUCAAGAGGUUACUCUGUCCUCAGAAGUGGGGUGAUAGGGCUGAAGGUUAA